GGAAGCUUUUGGGGUCUGUUUGGUGCAGAAGGCGGCGGCUGUGUCGGGCCCUCGGGGUGACCAGCCAAAAUGACUGACCAGCAGGCAGAGGCCCGGGCCUUCCUCAGCGAGGAAAUGAUUGCGGAGUUCAAGGCCGCCUUCGACAUGUUCGACGCGGAUGGCGGUGGUGACAUCAGCACCAAGGAGCUGGGCACCGUGAUGAGGAUGCUGGGGCAGAACCCCACCAAGGAGGAGCUGGACGCCAUCAUAGAGGAGGUGGAUGAGGAUGGCAGCGGCACCAUCGACUUUGAGGAGUUCUUGGUCAUGAUGGUGCGCCAGAUGAAAGAGGAUGCCAAGGGCAAGUCUGAAGAGGAGCUGGCCGAGUGCUUCCGCAUCUUCGACAAGAACGCGGACGGCUACAUCGAUGCAGAGGAGCUGACCGAGAUCUUCCGGGCCUCCGGGGAGCACGUGACCGAGGAGGAGAUUGAGGAGCUCAUGAAAGACGGGGACAAGAACAAUGACGGACGCAUCGACUUUGAUGAGUUCCUGAAGAUGAUGGAAGGUGUGCAGUAAAGGACCAGACAUUCCUCCAAGCCAGGCCAGCGCUUCCAGCCCUGCUCCAUCCUGCCAGCGACGCUCAGCCCUGCCUGGAAGCAGCCUCUCAUCCCAGCGCCUGGCCCUCCCGGACCCCCCUGGACUCCGUGUGCUCCAGCUUGCUCCGUACAGCGCCACGGCUCCCGCGGGGCCACAGCCCCAGACUGGCUCCCCUCCCACCGCCCACUCACCCCUUGCCGCUAGUCUGUAAAGUGCUGUUUAUAUUUGAGCCUCAUUAAAUGGGCAAAAGGUUUGCACUGGCCGGGA